AUGCCUAUCCCUGAGCAUUAUCAACAGAGACAUUAUUUUCAAACUCCCGAACCAUGUUUCAGGCCAGGAUACACUGGAUAUUUGCCAGAAUAUGGUCCGAGAAGAUUAUACCAGUUUGGAGAAACAUAUGGCCAUAUGACCCACAAGCUAAUGAAAUCGCAUCCAGUAGCUGGUCUCAGAAUGGGAAAUAUAGUGGAUUUUAGUAAAGAAUUGCAAGAACAUUUAGAAGAAGAAGCUUUGGUUUGGAAGCAUGAAGUUACAUCCGAAAAUAAUCGAUUCAGAGCCAGAAUGGUUCCUGGUUACACAGGUUUUGUUCCUCGAAGAGGAUUUUUGUGUGGGAAAACUUAUGAUGAAGAAUGCAAACAAGCAGUGGCAUUGAUGGAGAAACUGAAACUCAUCAAAGAAAAUGUAGCGCAAUGA